CCCGGUCGCCGUGGAAACCGGUCAGCCAAUCAGAGCGUGCGGCCCGUACUGGCUGACGCGUCCGGGGAAUCUCAGCGUGCUUUGCCGCUGGGCUUCGGUGCGUUCUCGGUAACGGAGAGCGAUGCUGAAGGCCAAGAUCCUCUUCGUGGGCCCCUGCGAGAGUGGCAAAACGGUUUUGGCCAACUUUCUGACUGAAUCCUCAGACAUCACUGAAUACAACCCAACACAAGGUGUGAGGAUCCUAGAGUUUGAGAACCCACAUGUCACCAGCAACAACAAAGGCACGGGCUGCGAGUUCGAGCUGUGGGACUGUGGUGGUGACUCUAAGUUUGAGUCCUGCUGGCCAGCCCUGAUGAAGGAUGCUCAUGGAGUGGUGAUUGUCUUCAAUGCUGACAUCCCAAGUCACCUCAAGGAAAUUGAAAUGUGGUAUUCCUGCUUUGUCCAGCAGCAGUUCCUCCAAGACAGUCACUGUAUGCUUGUGGCCCACCACAAACCAGGCUCUGGAGGAGACAAGGGCAGCCUGGCUUUGUCUCCCCCCUUGAACAAGCUGAAGCUGGUGCACUCUAACCUGGAGGAAGACCCCGAGGAGGUCCGGGAGGAAUUCAUCAAGUAUUUGAAAAGCAUCAUCAACUCCAUGUCGGAGAGCAGAGACCGUGAAGAGAUGCUCAUCAUCACUUAGAGGGUCCGUGUGCCGCCUCCUCCCAAAGGACGCCUGCCCCCAGCUGCCGACACGCCCUUCUCCUUGUGGCUGUACAAGUGUUCCUUAUGUGCUGCUAGCAGGUACCAGGGAGAGUCAGGUGUGGUGGCACCUGCCUAUGAUCCCAGCCCUCCCGAGGCUGAGGGAGGAGGGUUGAGAGUUCAGGGCCAGCCUGGGCUACAUAAGGAAUCUUUAUCUCAACCCUUCUCCAGAAGCAAAAAGUUUCCCUGCUUGCCUGUCCCGGCUGUCCCACCAUAAACAUAGCUUUCCAGCAGCCUCCUUAGUGCUGUAUUUUCAGGUUGAGCUGGGUUUUUGCUUGUUAAUGGAAUGCAGGGGUCCAAAGCAGAGAGGUGACGUGCUCUCUGGUGUCUCCAAUGCAGAAAGGUUAUGGUGUUUCUUAUGGAGAACAC